AUGGCCGACCCAUUUGAAGUGCGAAUGCGCUUCACCUCCCAGCUUCAACAUCUCAACGCGUCAGUUUCAUCUGCUCAGAAAGCAGCACAGUAUGCGCUUAGAUUCAGAGAUAUGGACGAGGACUUGCAUUCGUGCAUCCUGGAACAGCUUGAACGGAACAAUAUGAACAUACGUGCCAAUAUCAUGUACUUUAUCGAGCAUUUCCUAGAUAUGGCGCAACGCGACGGACAUCCCGACUACAUUCGGAUGAUGCAACGGGAUAUUAUCCGUGUCGUCGAUGCUGUUGCCCCGGAUGAUGGGUCAGGUGCUGCCAACGUCAAAGUGGUCCGAAAGGUGUUGCAGGGUCUUCAAGGGAAAGGGUACCUGGAGUCGCAAGCAGUCAGUCAGAUCGAAGAUGUCAUCAAAGAACGUGAGACAAAUGUCGAAGACCUAGGCCUAGCUUCACCAAAUGGAGAUGCCGAUAUGACAGACAUGCCCCCCUCACAAACCAUACCUAAAGCAGGUCGACGGAGCACGUCACACCAGCUUGACAAACGUCAAAUUGAGCAACGAAUUGAGGAGGACCGCGAGCGCCACAAGCGUGAGCGUGAAAGCAUUUGGGCAGUCCCCAAAGUCGAGAAUGCUGAGAUGGACAGACUGUGGGAGGAAACGAGUGACUUUGGAGAAGACGACGACCGUCUGCUGACCGAAGAGCUGGAUGACUUUCACAAAGAGAUGGAGAUACAGUCUAAUUGCCAGCAUAAUCAUGGAGCAGCGAACGGCAACCGUCACUAA